AUGUGCAAUAUUCUAGAGGCCACUGACUGCCCGGAACAGAGAAAAUUGGCAAUAAAGCUUAGAUCAGACCAUAAUAACAUCAGUGUACUAAAGAAGAAACAGGCUAUUCAGAGGUUUCACCCACCACCUACCACCACCCCACCACCAGAGCUGAAAGUAUCAGAUCUCCAGAGUCAGUUCUUACAGACACUGGCAGCAGUGAUGGAGGCAUUUGAGCAGCUUCCUGACUCCCUCUCUCGUCUGAAACAGUUCUUCAGUCAGCUGGUCCUGCCAAUGGGAGAGGGAAAAGUCGUCCCGAUAGUCAACCCCAGUACAUAUGAGAAUGCUGCCUCAACAGAAGAGGUGUUCAGAUGUCAGUCUAGUCUCUGGAACUGCUUCAGUCCCCACCUCCUCAUGAUGAUGUCAGAGGAGUGUCAGUGUCCUCCAGCCAUUGAGGCAGUGGAGCAGUUCCUACAGUUUCGCAGCAAGUAUGCCUCUUCCCUGAUUUGUCGACGGACAAAGUUACCGACAAAAGCAAGCAACACGACCACUUCCCUCAGUCCGUCCCACCUGGCCUACCACACUGGUCCCCUCAACGACCUGCAGUCUCUUCAUCCCUGUGUGUUUGAUGAGCACAAGAGUCCAGAGCAUCUGGAGACAAUCAGAGUCUCAGUCCAGGUUGAUCGACCUCACCUCACUCUCCAGGACUAUGAUGACAUCACUACUGCUGUCUGCGGCUACUUUGACAUCCCCCGAGUAGCUCUAGUGUAUGCAGGUUGUUCUGAGGAUGGCCAGGUGGUCUGCUGGACCAUGUCCACUGCUCUACUGCCAUACUUGAAGAGUGUUCCUCCAGGUAGGAGUUCUGAUCGACUAAUGGCAGAGCAAAGGAUACUUGGAGUAGCAGCUGGAGACCUACAACACCACUGUCUCAGUUUGAAGGAGGUGGAGUUAUUUGAAGCAGCAUUCUAUGGAUUGGAAAAAAGAGUGCAGCAUCUUAUUCUGCAAAAAGUCUCCAUAAAUUGUGUAGAUAAGGAUGGCUGGACUCCACUGAUGACAGCAUCAUUCAAUGGACAUACUGAUGUUGUACAAACACUGAUUGAGGCUAAGGCACAGAUCAACACACAGAAAGAGGAUGGCUGGACUGCUCUUCACCUGGCAGCUCAAGAAGGCAAAGUUGAUGUGGUGAGACUACUGACUGAAGCUCAGGCUCUGGUCAACAUACAGACUAAGGAUGGCAGGACUCCUCUCUACAUUGCCAGUUGGAAAGGACAUGGAGCAGUUGUUAAACUACUCCUUGAACAACAUGCUGAUAUCAGCAUCUUCAGAAAGGAUGGCUGGACUCCACUGAUGAGAGCAUCUUCCAAUGGACAUACUGAUGUUGUACAAACACUGAUUGAGGCUAAGGCACAGAUAAACACACAGGAUGAGGAUGGCUGGACUGCUCUUCACCUGGCAGCUCAAGAAGGCAAAGUUGAUGUGGUGAGACUACUGACUGAAGCUCAGGCUCUAGUCAACAUACUGACUGAGGAUGGCAGUACUCCUUUCUACAUCGCCAGUUGGAGAGGACAUGCAGCAGUUGUUAAACUACUACUUCAACAACAUGCUGAUGUCAGCAUCUGUAAGAAGAAUGGCUUUACUCCUCUAAUGGCAGCAUCAUUCAAUGGACAUACUGAUGUUGUACAAACACUGAUUGAGGCUAAGGCACAGAUUAACACACAGGAAGAGUGUCACUGUAUGUGUCCACAGGAUGGCUGGACUGCUCUUCACCUGGCAGCUCUUGAAGGCAAAGUUGAUGUGGUGAGACUACUGACUGAAGCUCAGGCUCUGGUCAACAUACAGACUAAG